AUGUCAAUCGUGAAUAAUAUAGCAUUGCAAUUGGCCCAAAUCCUCAAUCAACAACAUCAUGAUAGUACAAUGAAGGGUAUGAUUCCAGUGAAUACAACAGAUAACAAUAAUAAUAGCUUAUUGGAACAAUAUACAAAUUUAUUUCCUCCUUACUUCUCAAGGGUAGCAAGUGAACCUAUACUUGGCAAUUUGUGUAAUCAACCUAGCAUAGUAAAUAGUAUGACUGAACAAAUACUAGCAGCCUACGGGGGAAAUAGUACAUUUUCUGUGAACACAUUAACACCAUACGAAAGAAAUAACCCUACUUCUGUGUCUCAGGUAAUAACAACCACUGAAACUUCAAAUAUAGCUUCUCCUACUAAUAAAUCGCAUGAGGAAGUUAACUCUCCAGUACAGAAUGGAGUUGCUAACUUGCAUACAAAUCCUGAAGUAAAGACCCAACAAGCAGUACCUUUGAAUAUGAUAAAUGCUACAAAUAUGAAUAACUGGGUUGAAACAACUUUAUCUUCUUUAUUAGAUAAACCUGAUAUAUUAAUGAACUUAAUGAGACUAGGAGCUGCUAGUAUAAUGGCAUCGUAUUAUGGACAAAAUCAGCCUCCUGCAAGCACCACUUGUCCAUUGUUACAUCAAUCAUACAUAAAUAAUCUGCUACUGUCACAUUCUCAAAGUCCCUGUCAUGUAGCAACACCUGCUGAAAUGAGUACUUCUUCAAGCUUGGCCUAUACGCCUAUAAAGUCACCUAUUAUAGAAUCAACAGAAAAUCAAUCACCAAUAUUUACUUCAAGUACUACUAAUCAACAAUGCUCUGAUGAGUUGAUUUUCUAUAAUUUCCUUGAGCAGAGUAGGAAAUUGUCUUAUGAUAUGAAGGGACAAUGUGAUAAAAAGGUAACAGCAACAAAUAAGGUUAACUCUUCCAUUAGAAAAAGUUGUGCAGGAAGACCUCGCCUAGACAGAUCAGACUGGUGUUGUAGUUUGUGUAGAUGCAUUGAAACAGCUCAAUGGAGGUAUCUGAGAAACACAAUUGAAGGUAGUAGUACUGGCCAUCGCGGAAAAGUCCUAGUGUGUAACGCUUGCUAUUUAAGAGUGUCUAAGGAGAAUAAAAUUAGACAGAAAGUCACAACAUUCCAAUCUAAUGAGAGCAUAAAGUUAGAUGAAAAUUGA